AUGCCCGAUGAAGACAGAGUGGUACCCGCAGGCGCAAGGACGAAGGGGCCACCAACAGUUACUGGCUUGUCUCCAACUGAAGGUACUCCUGGCACUCAAAUUACUAUUAGAGGAGAAAACCUAGGCACCGAUCAGAAUGAUAUCCUCAUGCUUUUCAUUUGCGGCACGGAUUGCUUACACUCAGCUAAAUGGAAAACAGAUAAGAAGAUUGUAGCACGCCUAGGGCAAGCCAAUCGUGGUUUGGGAGAGGUUAAGAUUGCAACGAAAUCAGGAGGCCGAGGCAUUUGUAACGUAAAAUUUCGAGUCUUUAUUGCCCAAGUUGGACCAUUAGAGGAGUCCGCAGUGUGGGUAGACGAGUCUCAAACAGUUCCUGGUCGUGAGGCAGUACGAACGGUUUCACAAGUGACGGAGGAAAGAGACGCACUUGGGCUCAAGCCAACAUCAAAGAAAAUGGACGCAGCGUUGUUGUCAAAGUUUUUUCCCGAAGGCUCUGGAAACAUUCGUAUGGAGAGUUUCAAUCCCCAGUGGUAUUUGUUGGAGCACCACUCUGAAACAUCCAUUGAAGAACUUCGCGAGGCAUUGAAAUUCAUGCAGCUAACAAAGGCCGAUGAGGCAAAGAAGAGCGAGCAGAUGCAUAAGGCUAACCUUUACUCCUUAAUCAGUUGUGUGGAUUCAUUGGCUGCAUUACAUGACGAGCUAGAACGUAGCAAUAAAGCAGGAGAGUUUGCAGUAAUCAAACAAAUAGGAUCUCAGAUUUCGGAAGCACGUGUGAAAGCUGAAAGCGUAUUCAAAGAUGUAUUGUCGCGUAAAGACCGGGCUGACGCCACAAGAAAUGCUUUGUCGGUUCUCACACGCUUCAAGUUUAUCUUCUUCCUCUCCAAAACUAUUGACGAUAACAUGAAGAAAGGUGAAUAUCUUACGAUUCUAAACGACUAUAUGAGAGCAAAGUCUUUAUACAAGGAUACUGAAGUUUCGUUGUUUAAAGAAUUAAUGGUCCAUCUUGAUGAGAAAAUGGAGCGAUUUAAAGAAGAGAUGAAAUUAAAGCUCAUAGAUACGUCAGCUUCUUUUGAGGAGCAGAGCAAGCUCAUUAAGUAUCUUAAGAUUCUGGAGCCUGGUUCUGAUCCGACAUGGGAAUGCAUUACUGCGUACCAUUGUUGGCUUGAGGACAUUUUGUGGAAGCUGCAGCAGGAUCAUUUCAAAAAAGCUGCGGACGCAGAAGAAAUUUCCGAGGACAACAAAUUUAUGCUGUUGGAAACAAACGAGAGGCAACUUUUCGUGUCAUCACUGGUUUCAAUCCUUAUGAGCAAAUUACAGUCUUUUUGGAAGCUUUCCAAUACUUAUACCACAAAUGACGACCGUUGGACACAACGUCAGGAUGAUAUAAAUCAGAUGUUAAUAAAUACAAUAAAUGUGUCUUCGUGGUUAAUUUUAAAUGCGCUGGUGCCGAAAGCUCUACCUGAUGACGUUAUCAAGAGAUACGAGGCACAGUUUGUCCGAUGGCCUGAAGUUCCACCGCAUGUCAAUAGAGCUGUACUCACUCAAGGUCUUAAAACUCUCAGGUCGUUUAUAUCCUCAUUGCUAGAAGCACAAUUCACUAGUGCGCAUGUACAACCUCUGGUAGAGCUUUGCAUGACUGUAAGAUUGAAAGUCGUUUCAGAUGUUAUAGACAAGGGAGUAGAGAACAUUUGUGCCCUGGGAUCAAAAGAAAAUUGGAAGCAAGAGUUCAGUUCUAAUGCCAUUGCGAAAACAGCGUUAUCGGAUUUUUACGAAAAUGAGGUAUUCGACUGUCUAUCUGCUAUGAGGGAUGCGUUGUCAACGUGUAAUUAUCCAGGUGAAGCUUGUCUAUUUUCACGUGACCGGUUUCGUGUCACCUUGAUCGACAUAUUUGUUCAUUUGAUUGUUGCGAUUAGACACUGUCUUGAUAGGUGA